UUCAGAUACAAUUUGUAUAUUAUUAGCGCUGACUCACAUUGACAUAUAUUCAUUCACGAGAAUUGAGCAGUGAAAGAAGUCAAACGAGUAAUUGGUCACUUAUUCAUCAAAACGACACGUCAGAAAACAGAAUGCCAUCACCGACCGUUGUUCCGUAUGCAAAUUUCAAAGCCUCUGAAGAUGGAGAUGCUUUACGUGCAGCAAUGAAGGGUUUCGGAACCGAUGAACAAUCCAUCAUCGAUAUUUUGACAGCUCGGUCAAAUGCACAGCGUCAAGAGAUUGCCAAAUAUUUUCUGGCUGAGUAUGGACGCGAUUUGAUUGAAGAUUUGAAGAGUGAACUUGGUGGAAUAUUCGAAGAUGUUAUUAUUGCAUUGAUGUAUCCACCAGUUAAUUACUUGUGCAAAGAGAUUCAUAAGGCUAUGAGUGGCGUCGGAACCAAUGAAUCGGCAUUGGUGGAAAUUUUGUGCACGAAAACCAAUGAGGAAAUCAAACAAAUUGUGAAGACAUACGAAGAUUUGUAUGAUCGCCCAUUGGCUGAGCAUAUGUGCAGCGAAACGUCAGGCCAUUUUCGCCGAUUGCUCACAUUGAUUGUGACUGGUGUUCGGGAUGAAAGCGGUACAAUUGAUCCAGCAAUGGCCAAAGAACAAGCGGCGAAAUUGUAUGCGGCAGGUGAAUCGAAGCUGGGCACCGAUGAAGAAGUCUUCAAUCGAAUCAUGGCUCAUGGCAGCUUUGAACAACUCAGACUCGUUUUCGAGGAAUACAAACAAUUGUCCGGUCAAUCCAUUGAACAGGCCAUCAAGCACGAGAUGAGCGGCGAAUUGGCUGAAGCUAUGCAAGCCAUUGUGGAAUGCGUUCAAUCGCCAGCCGAUUUCUUUGCCACUUGCUUAUAUCGCGCUAUGAAGGGUAUGGGAACGGAUGACUCAACAUUAAUUCGCAUCAUUGUGUCACGCUCCGAAAUUGACUUGAAUGAUAUCAAGAGGGAAUUCGAGAGACAGUACGAUCGUACACUGUUGAGCGCUGUGAAGAGUGAAACAUCUGGCGAUUACAAACGGGCUUUGUGUGCUUUAAUCGGUGGUGCAUGAAAAUUGCGAACUAACAAGAGGCUUUCUACUAAUUUUAUUAUGCUUUUGAAUCAUUCAGUCUACUUUUUCGGCGGGGCUUGCCACAUUUCUUUUUUGAUAAUGAAAUAAACUCAAUUCAAAUACUCCAUCUAAA